AAACACUGGCAGACAAUAUCGCUCUACAAAGCUCAAGACCUAACAGGCUACUCUGGGAUUCUAGCCAGCCAGUCUCCAUCGAUCAAGUCUCUGAAGCAGCAUGGCUGUUGUACCUGAACUCGCCAAUGAAAUGAUGGAUUACUACAGUGCCGAAGAAGAUUACCUGCUCUUUGAGGCUGAUGGUCCCAAACAGACAAAGAGCUUCUACCAAGAUGUGGAUUUCUGCUCUCCAGACAAGGGCAUCCAGCUGCAAAUUUCCCAUCAGUCCUAUGACAAGAGUUUUAAAAAGUUUGUGUCAGUCAUUGUAGCUGUGGAGAAGCUGAAGAAGACUCUGGUUCCUUGUCCGCAGGACUUCCAGGACAUUGACUUGAGCAUCCUCUUUUCCCUCAUCUUUGAUGAAAAACCCAUCAGCUCUGGUGAAUGGGAUGACCUUUUAGAGUGUGAUGCGCAUGUAAAGUCAAUCAACUGCAAGCUUGAAGAUUCUGAAGAAAAAUCCCUGGUGUUGUCUGACCCACAGGUGCUGAAAGCCAUCCACCUCCAAAAACAUAAUCAGCAUCAAGAAGUGGUGAUCACCAUGAGCAUUGUGCAAGGAGAUGAAAAUAGUGAGAAAACACCUGUGGUCUUGAGCCUCAAGGGAAAGAAUCUGUACCUGUCCUGUAUAAUGCAAGACAAUAAGCCCACCCUGCAGCUGGAGAAGUUAGACCCCAAGCAUUACCCAAGGAAGAAGAUGGAGAAGCGAUUUGUCUUCAACAGAACAGAAAUCGGGACAAAGCUGGAAUUCGAAUCUGCCCUGUUCCCCACCUGGUACAUCAGCACCACUAGGGCAGAAAAUAUGCCUGUCUACCUGGGAAAGAAUGAUGGCAGCCAGGACCUCACUGACUUCACCAAGCUACCUGCCUAAAGAGAGUAACACUUGAAAGUCGAUACAUGCUGAGCAUAGACUCAGCCCAAGACCUAGAAGAAGCCUUUGAGCAUGGCUGCAGGCUGGACUUCCUUUGGGUAGUACUCUUGCCCACCAGCCAAGAACAGCUGUCUUCUCCCAUGGACAAUCUACAUACCUUCUGCUGAGGCUGACCUCUCUCACCUCUCCUACCUACACUCUCUUCUUUCUUCAGCCUGACAGAAACCAUGACACCUUCAGUACAAAGAAACCCUCUGUCCUUCACACCCAGGCUCUCAUGAGCAACCACUUAACUAUUUAUUUAUUUAUUUAUGGAUUCGUUGUCUACUUGAUUUCAUUCAAAGGGCCCAAGAAGCAGCUGUGUCUGUGAAGAGCCCAGUUUUUAAUAUCUAUGGAAUUUAUUUAAUGUGGACUGCUGCCUUGUCUUUAAACCAAGUCCUUUCAUUGAGGCUGAAAAAAUACAUAAACUCAGUUUAUUUAAAUGGGGAUAUUUAUGAAUAAGGAUGUAUGAUCACUAUUGUCUCAAUAGUUAUGAAAUAAAUGUCACUGUGGAAAAAAACUA